CUUUCGUGUACGGUCAAUUGCGUAUAAAGUCGAUACUAGUGUUUACCUAGCUAAAUCUUAGCACUGAUAGCUGCAUACUACCGUAUAAGGCUACCAUUACCACCAGAGGGACCGUCUUCAUUCAGUGUAUAGUACAUCGCACAACCAAUAGCCUCUCGCUCUCUGACGAGUCUCGGGUCUCAGCAGCAGCAGAUCCGUGGUCCAUAAAUCCAAGUCCAAGUCUAGGUAGGCAGUGGCACCAUCAUCAUCAGUAGUUUGUUGCUGGUGGUCAGUGGCAACUUUAAUCCGAAAAGCGAAAGGAACGAACAACAUUGUGUGGAAAAGAAAUGGGCAUAAACGAGUGGAAGAGAAAAUGUCAAAAGAGCUUUUCUGCGGUGCAGAAAAUUUGAUUGGGAAAAUAUUUUUCCAGUAAAAAGUUGGUUCGGUGCUUGGUUGGGGGAAAAUCUUGCGUGGGACAGAUUUUCCGGCUAGGUCUGGAAUGUGAAGGAAAAGAAGUUUUAGAAGAAGCAGCAGCCUAGUAGACAGUGGUGACAGAUCGAGGCAGAAGGUACGAAGUACGGAGCUAGUAAAGUAGACAGAAUUGCUUGCAAUCGAGUGAUGAUCGUCAGAAGGCUCAUAUUAAAGUUGAAUGUGAAUAUUAGUGGAGAAAAUGGUGACAGUGCUAGAUAAAUUCUCAGUGGAUCGAAAAAGGGAAAUUAGGAAGUAGAAAGGUGAGUCAGUGAACGACGGCGAAGAGGAAGGGACGACAGACGACAGAAAGCACGACGACGGCGAUGCAGUGUAUAGAGGAGUGAAGUGUGUGGUACACAAGUUUCAGACAAUCUCGGUUCGUUCUGUGGUGGAAAAUUGCUGCCCUAAAGUGUCAAAAGUGAUACACUUACGGUUUCACUUGGCCAGAUGAAAUGGAUUAAAACGUGAGUAAAUCGAGUAAACAAACAAGUUCUUGCUACGUAUUAAGUAAUUCAGUGGCACGAUAAGCUUAGUGAACUUGAAAUCGGUGAUAUCGUAACCAAUUGAAGGAAUCAGUGAUAGAAGAACGAAAGUCGGCGGUGACGGUGGGUGGGUGACGAGGGGCUGUCAUUGAGCCUUGCAGCCUUUUCCGAUGGCUCACAUCCGGAAGCGUCCCGAGGGGAACAUCCUCGGGCAUUUGGUCAGCCGCGAGCUCGGCGACACUGUCGACAAUUUUCGCAACAAUCUGUUCCACGAGCGACUCCGGAUAGCUCGGAACCUCUACAAGAAGGACCUGGUUUCGCACUACGGCUGUGUCAAUGCCAUCGAGUUCAGCCAGGAGGGUCAACUCCUAGUCUCCGGUGGAGACGAUCGGCGCGUUCUGCUAUGGGACGUGGACAAAGCCAUACUGGAGAAGGAAUCCCCGAUUUCCAUGAACAAGCAACACCUGAGCAACAUCUUCUGCCUGGGUAUCGAUGGCCACAACAGUCGGAUCUUCUCCGGCGGAAACGACGAUGUCGUCAUCGUGCACGACACAAAAACACGCGAAUCGGUAGACGUGUUCCUGCACAGCAAACCGGUCUACGGCCUAUCGAUAGAUCCUUCGAAUGAUAGCAUCUUCGCCACGGCCGGCGAGGACGGGAAGAUUCUGAUCUUCGAUCUGCGGGAUGGUUCGGAUGUGAUGUGCGUAUCGCGGUGCCGUUCGCCGUACCAUGCCGUGAUGCAUCAUCCGCUGGACGCAGGCUUCAUCGUGACGGCAAACGCCAAGGAAGGGGCAUCGCUGUGGGAUCUACGGGCACCCAAGAUGCCAACCAUCCGCUUCGGAGGGGAAAAUGCCGCUCAGAGUUGCAUGAGUGUACGGUUCAAUAGCUUGGGAACGCAGGUGCUGGCACUGCGAAGGCGUCUCCCACCGAUACUGUACUCGACGGGUUCACCGGAACCGAUUUGCCAGUUCUACCAUCAGGAUUACUACAAUUCCUGUACGAUGAAGAGCUGCUGCUUCGCGGGAGAGAAUGAUCAGUUUGUGCUGUCCGGGUCGGAUGAUUUCAAUUUGUAUGUGUGGCGGGUGACGGAUGCCGAUGUGACCGAUACGGACCAGUGGGUGGAUCAGAACCAGAUGGUUCUGUAUGGGCACAGGUCAAUUGUGAAUCAGGUGCGUUACAAUCCGCAGAAGUGUCUGAUUGCUUCGUCCGGGGUGGAGAAAAUUGUGAAGCUGUGGACCCCGUUCGAGCUGACCUCGUGGCGUGGAAGUUUGACUGAGGAAGCAACGGGGCCAGAGAAUCCACGGGAGGUGUUCACCAACGAGGAGUACAUUUCAUUGAACAUGACUCACGAUUACAGUCACCAGUCGACGUUGGAGGAUCCACGGAUGAUGGCAUUCUUCGACUAUCUGGUUCAGCAGGAGAUCGAAGGGUGGAAUACCGAGACUUCGGAUCAGACAUCGGAACACAGUUCGGAUGAGAACGAGUCGUCCCGACCGGAUACGACGCAGACGUCCGAUACGGAGUCGGUUCAGAACUAUAUUCCGCUGCGAGGUCAGCAUCCAAACCGGAGGGGGGACGUGGCUCAGCGGACAAAGUAUCGCAACCGGAUUGCAUAUCUGAUCGCCACAAAGCGGAAUCGUUUGAAACGGUUGGCGCUGAAAACGGCAAACACGCGGGUGCUGAACCGCCGCACGAUUACGAAGGGCAAGUAUGGGCUGAGGAAUCAACCGAAACGGCCGGGCUUGGGAGCGUUGCGUACGACAAGGAAAGGAAUCGGCAAACGGAACCGACGGUUGAGCACCAGCAAGUACAGUAAACGACCGGUUUCGCACGAGCAAACGAGCGAUUCGGAAGUUCCCAAGUCGACGAAGAAGCGUCGACUGCAGACUACGAAUUUGAACUUGGCGGUCUAUAGGACUUUCCGGCGGAAAUCCAAGGGAACUCCGUCGUCCACUUCGAACACGAGUACACGGGUCGAGGAAUCCAGCUCGGACGAUGACGACGAUGCGGAUGAUAGUGAACAGCAACAUUCGGCGGCGAAGAAGCUUAAGCUGAGCGGCGGGGACGGCAUGGGCAGUUUGCCGUCGACGUCCAGGGGGUUACCGGGAGUGGGUGGCAGUGGGUUCAAUAAUGGAGCCGGCCCGAGUGGACUGUGUAAAGCUGGCAGGAGUGGUGGAGUCGCUGGCAGUAGCAGGAGUAGCACAUACACCGGCAUGGAUACGCCCAGCACGAGCACGGGACUGACCGGGAAUGGAAGAAAUCUGCUCUUCCACAUUGCGUCGACCACCACCAACGACGACGACGACGAUUCGGACGAUGACCCAUCGAUCCCGGAACAUCCGGCCUCGCCGGACAACAUGCUCCGGGUGAUCACGUCUCCGAUCAACCACUUCGAAAUCCCAUCGAAUUCAACUGCGGUGCUAGCCGUAGACCAUAACGACAACAACAUCCUAGAUCACAGCAACAACAACAGUAGCUACGUAAACCACAACAACAGCACUAGCAAUAGAGUCAGCAUCAACCUUAGCAAUAGAAACAUCAGCAUCAGCAAUGCAAUCCAGAAUGGCUCCAGUGGAGUCGGACAGAAGCGAUCCCACCAAGCGCCGGCGGCCACCGCCACCGCUACCAGUCAGGACCAGAAUGAGUCGUCCUCUUCGUACAAUCAGGUGUACGAUCACACCUACUCGAGUCGAUCCAACUCGCGCCUAUCCAGCAGCUACGAUUACGAUUGUUCCUCCAGUAACGACAGCUUCCUGGACUAUUUCAACAACAAGAAGAAAUUGAUAGCAUCGGCGGUUGCCACCGGCAGUAGCAAUGGUCACGCGGCCGGCAAUCAGGACCAACCAGGCGGAUCUAGCGGCCGGAAGUUCCCCGACUACAACCGGGAACUGCUAAACCACACGCCGGACAGUGGAAUCGCUACGGGACCGUGCAGUUCCGUAUCGACCAAUGGGAUGCCAUCCGGGGCGAAAUCGAUUCCCGGUGGAACUCCGGACGGCGCUGGUAGCAAUGGGAACUACCUGGAAGCACUGCCCGGAACGAGCGGCAGCCAAGCGGCUGGCAACGAUUUGGGCACCAAGCUAUUCCAUCAGAAGGUUGCCCGUGUUCGGAAAAACUACCGCAUGCACUUCUGUGAUGACUCGGAUAGCGAGUAAGCCGUUUUCUGAUGUGACGUGAGUUUCUGGAAGUAUUUAGAGGAUAUACCCUAUCGCGUACGUGGGUUUAAGUUUGAUACAUAUAUGUUAAACCCCUUUUCGAGAGCCAUCUACCGUCUGGUAAAGACUGGUGGUUGAGGUUAUGGCGGUUUGCAUCGUACAUAACCUCAAUUUCCGUCAUUCCAUUUGUUUAUUUCAGUACUUUAAUGUUUCUUUGCGUCGAAUUUUAUCCUAUAGUUUAAUUUUAAGUUACUUUUCCCCCCUAUUAGCACGUAUGAUUAAUCUGCGAUAUGAAAAAAAGAGCGAAUGUUAUAAAAAUCAACAUUUCAAUAAGUUGCAUAAGAAUAAAAUUCUUUCAACUAUUAGACGACGAGAGAAUGCAGUUGGGUGGAGAACAGCUUCGACCCGCCCCCGAGACCCUAUUCCAAGCAUGGGGUACACAAUAACUUACAACGCACAUUUAUUUUUCAGUAUGAUGGCUCACAUCAUAAAGCAUCUUUUGGAUAGAUCUUUGAUUAAUUUUCUUAGAAAUCACGCAGAACAAUGCAUUAGGUUCGAAGUAACAUUGAUCGAUUCUCUUUAUCGUCUUUCUCUUCCGUUAAUAACUUGGGUACAUAACCGCGUUUGUAGUAUUAGAAGCUGGAUAAUAGCUUCUUUCAUCGAUCUGUGUGCUGAAAAUAGCUGGGAAUGUUUUAACAUGGCCGAGAGUCGACGAAAAGAAUCUGUCAAUGUUACUUAGGACCUAAUGCAUUGUUCAGCUUGAAAUAUCCAGUACUUGGAAUAGUGUCUCGGGGGACUGAAGCCGUUCUCCACCCAUUAUAAAUCGUAUGAAACUAAGAAUUUACAAGGAAGGAGACAAACAUUUAUUAUCAAACAAAAAAAAACUUAACAAUACCGAUUACGAUGUGUUUUUAGUGAUAAUCCUAAAAAUGCAUACAAUAUUAGGUGGUAACGUUUAAGAGACAGAAGAUGAAAAUAUCCCUCUAGUAGAGCAAAACAAAUGCAAUAGAAUAUCCGAAACGAUUGAGUAACUAUAGACGUCCCUAAAAGACUAUCCAGCACUCAAAUUUGGACAAACUGAAAACACACACACACACACACAUUAACAGAUAAAAAAAAACAAUACGGCUAAGAGGCCCAUUUACUACUGAACCUAUCUGGUGAAAAUCAACGACAGUGAGUAGAAAAUCCUGACUAUUGAUGACCGUAUGUACGUGAUUUGCUAAUCAUAUACCUAAUACUAUUAUAUUACUAUUAAAAACUAUUACUAUAGCUGUACAUUAACACUUACAUGCAUAGAAUUAAAAGCAAGACUUUGUACGUGUGGUUUAGAAAAGAAAAAGAAAAAAAUAAUAAGAUGUAAUAGCGUGCAUCCGGAUUUAUCAAAAACAGCAGAAGAGAAUGGUGAAGAGCUAGAUAUUCACAUCCUGCAAGACGCAAGACAGACGAUAACCUACUCGAUGCGCGCAUAAUAUUUCACACACAAAAAGAAAUGAU